CACGUAGGUGGAGAACGAAGAAGACAAAACCCGGAAGUGAGUGGCGUCACUGAUCCGCACCGUCAAGCUAGAAUUCAGCAUCACAUCGUCCUUCUCGUUGAUUUUUUAAAGUCGACAGCCCAGCCCACCAAGUAUGACGGACAUUUGGCAGAGCGCCAUGGAUCACGCUGUCGCUGUGGCGCGAAAAGCUGGACAGGUGGUACGUGAUGCGGUGGGCGGCGUGCAAAAGGAGGCAGUGAUGGUCAAGAGUUCGUCCAUUGACUUGGUGACGGAGACGGACCAGAAAGUCGAAAAGCUUAUCAUUGAGUCGAUCAAGGAGAAAUUCCCAACGCACUGCUUCAUUGGGGAGGAGUCGGUGGCUGCAGGAGAAGUUUGCCUCCUGAGCGACAGUCCCACAUGGAUCAUCGACCCCAUUGACGGGACCACCAACUUUGUUCACACAUUCCCUUACGUCGCCGUUUCCAUCGGCUUUUCGGUCAACAAGCAGGUGGAGUUUGGCGUGGUGUACAGUUGCCUGCGGGAUGAGAUGUACACGGCGCGGCGGGGAAAGGGAGCCUUCUGCGACGGGCGCCCGCUGCAGGUUUCUCAGCAGCAAGACAUCCGGCAGGCCCUUGUCGCCACCGAGUUCGGCUCAAAUCGAGACCCUCCAGCGGUGGACAAGAUGUUCUCCAGUCUCAAACGGGUUCUCAGCAUUCCUGUCCACGGUGUGCGUGGCGCCGGAAGCGCCGCCAUCAACUUGUGCCUGGUGGCAUCUGGCUGCGUGGAGGCAUACUACGAGAUCGGCAUCCACGUGUGGGACAUCGCCGCCGGCUUGCUCAUCGUCUCCGAGGCCGGUGGCGUCCUCAUGGACGUCAAGGGAGGCCCGCUGGACCUGAUGUCUCGCCGCAUUCUGGCCGCCAACAACAGGAGCGUCGCUGAGCGUCUCGCCAAAGAAAUCGAUGACUUCAGUGUGCGCCGAGACGACGACGCCUCUUGACCUCUGAAUUUGAGCGCUCAUUGGUGACAUGUACACAUCUGUUCACGACUUGAUUCUAUUGGGGUGACACCCUUAGUUUAGUUUUGUAUUAACAAUUGGCCAACCCAAAGCGUCUCUCUGACCACGCAACAAUUUAUUUUAUUUUUUUUUGCUCGAUGGAAGACUUGCCGUGUACAGCCUCAUCGUUCGUGUGAAACAAGUAAAUGGAUUAAUUAGUCACAUUUGACAGAGAAAAUUCUGAUGCCUGCUUCUAUAUCCAUUUCACAAAUACACGGUUUGAAUUCUGA